AUGAGGGUGGCGCGGAAGAAGUCUUUCAAGAAGAUCAUGCGCUUUUAUGCGACGCAUUUCGGAAUUCAGGAGCCCUAUCAACUCAUCGUGGAUGGCACGUUUCUCGCCGCAUGCAUUCGCCACAAAGUUAACGUUGCGGAGCUGCUCCCACGCGUCCUCUGCGGUAAAACAACCAUGUACGUCACGCCAUGCAUCAUGAAGGAAGUGAGGACUCUACCAGGAGCGCAGGGAGCCGCUGCAGCUGCAAAACGCUACAAAAGAUAUCCGUGCAAACACGCGGAGGAAGCCGCCGCUGCAACAGCUGCAGCUGAAGCAGCCGCUGCACUUGCAACGCUGGGGGAAGAAGAUGAAACAACCCCCCCCCAAAACGCCGCAGCAAGGUCUGCCGCAGAAGGACGGCGUGAUGAAAGUGCAGACGACGCACUGCCCUCUGCGGGAGCUCCCCCCCCGCAGAAAAGGCAGCGCAGACAGAGCGAAAAAAACGCAGACAGCAGCGGGGAAGAUGGGGGGAGAACAGGCCCCUCCUCGCACCGUAGCAGCCACGCCAGGAGCUGUAUCACAGUCAGCAAAACUCUCGACAUGCCGAAGCACAAGUUCCUCUUCCACCCUGCCCUUAUCGGGGGGGCCCUCCCCGAAGACGCUGGAGCUGCGAAGCGACAGCAUCAGCAGCAAAGCAUUGCAGCUGCAGCAGCCGCGGCAGCGCGGCAUCUGCAGCACAACACAAGUGACCUCGGAAGAGGCAGAAUAACUGGCGAGACGUCUACAGCAACUCCCGAUGUCUUAAAAGGCGCCUCUGAGUACCCUGAUGCCUACGGUUGCAUUGUGCGCCUUGUCAGCACUCAGGAGAAACGAAAACUCUGCGUUGCGACGCAGGAUGCGAGGCUCAGAGAACGCCUUAGGCGAGUGCCAGGGCUGCCUCUGCUGUUUCUCUUUAAAGGUGUGUUGCAAGUUGAGCAACCCACCAAGUUCUCCCUUGUAAGAGCACAGCAGCAGCAGCGCGCAAGCGCAAAGGGCCCCCUUGCUGCUGCCGCUGCCGAGAAGCGGCGCCUGGCUGCGGACCGCAAGCAGCAACUCGAAAAGCUGCAGCAGCAAGGAGUUGACUGCAGCGGACUGUUACUGCAGCAGCAAAAGGAGGAGCUCCAAAAGCAGAGGGAACUGGAGCGUGCUGCCAAAAGAAAACGGAAGAAAGGCGUCAAUCCCCUUGCGUGUCGAAAGAGCACCAAGAUGAUCAUUGAAGCCCCCAAGCUCUCCGACGGGAAGAAAGUUCGAUCGCGGCGCGUGAAGCUUUCAAAGGAAGACGUCAAGCCCGAAGGCUCUUAG